AUGGCCAAUACAGUCAUACGAUUGCAAACAACAUUCGUCAUUCAAAUCAUUUCAUGUGAACGCAUCAAUCAAGCACUCUCCGAAUGUAUUAAUAAUGUGAACAAAGCAUACAAUAUAGUAUCGCCAAAGGUUCGAUUCAGAAUUUUCCCGGACACAAGUGAAAGAUUCGAUACACUGACCAAAUUACAUGCAAAAGUUUACAAAUUAACACGAUAUUGUGAAGAAAUAUCGUCAAAUCUAACAAUAUUUUCGAUUCUGAAAACAUUCGCUCAUCUUUCAUCAACGCUCUUUUUAUUGAUCGACCAUAUGAAUUCAAAUGAAAAGCAGGAUAUGGAUUUCAUAAUUACCAGCGGCGUCCGAUGCUUUUUCAACAUUCUGGAUAUGAUUUUCAUUUUCUUCCCGGUGAAUACAUUGAAGCGAGAAUUGCACAAAGUAGGGAAAAUAAUUUACAGGGGUUCGUUGAACAAACUUCCACUUGGACUGCAACGUUCGAUUGAAAUGUUUUCAAUUUAUUUACUGCACCAGAAAAAGGGCUUUAUGGUUGGGGGCAUCUUUGAGCUCGACAAUAACUUUUUAUAUUCGAUUUUGAGUGCAAUGGUGUCGUACAUUAUAUUUUUUGUGCAAAUCAAAAGUCUGGAACUUGAAGAAGAAGAAAAGCAGAAGCUGUUUGAUGCGUUGACGUAG